AUGGCUUCUUCGGAAUACCCAAAUCUUUCAUCAUUAGACAACCAACAUGACAAAUCAAAGAUUGAAAAUUCCCAUGACAAUACUAACAAGGGUGAAGGAGCUCGUUCCGUAAAUAUCAUUGAAAAAUUAUUGGCUUCCAAAAAUCAACAAGAACUGAACAACAAUUUAUUAAUACUAUGCAAUCAAAGUGAUAUUUCUGAGGAAAGAUUGACUGCUGUGUUAAAUCAGAACAAUAUUAUUCAAAAAUUUGGACCAUCUUCUCUAUUGAUUUUAAUGCAAUUUUAUGCAAAAAAAGGAAACGCCCCAAAAGUGAAGGAAUUGUUUCAACUCAUCACAAACCCCGAUGAUGAAAUGAAAAAGACAUUGAUUCAUUUAUUAGCAUUAGCUGGAAGUUCUUUGAAAUCAAAAAGUACCACUCAAGGAGCUCUUCAUCCAAAAACUGCUUCCAAUCUCAUGAAAUCAAUUCCCUCUAACUUACAAGUUGCACACAAAAGAAGUAUUUCAGAGCUUAAAGAAGUAGAAGAUGCUCUGAAAAAGAAGAAGGAUUGUGUCUCAUAUACUCACAGUGUUGUGAUUGAUGCAAUGGCCCUCAGAGGAAACAUGUCGCAAGCAGAAAAGUAUUUUCAAGAUAUUCAACACGUGAAUACCGAGGUUCUUAACUCCAUGAUGGAUGGCUGGAUACGAAUGCUUAAAAUAUCAGAGAGCAAAGAUGGAGCUCCAUUAAGCCUUGUCAAGGAAAGAGUGAAAUAUUAUUUUAAUUUGUUCGAUCUCUACAAAGUCGAUAGGAAUUCCAGAACCUAUACAUACCUGGUUAAGUGUCAGUUUUUGGAAUUACAAAAUGACGGCAAAUUCGAAACUGUUGACUCCAUCGUUGAAAGCAUUGAAAGAAUGGUGUCCAAGGAUCGUAUCGUUCCAGAUGCAUACUUUAUGUCUACAUUUAUCUCACGAUUGGCUACCAUCUCCCCACCUGCACGAGCAAAGAUCAGGAAAUUAUAUUAUGCGUACAAACAUAAUCUAAGCAAAACUCCACAAAGUGACACGACUAAAUUAUCACUUUUACAAAUUUUGGCUGAUGCAAAAUGUAUCCCAGAAGCGCUGUCUCUCUUUGAAAAAGUCAAAAACAAUUCAUCCUCUCCACAGAGACCCCAAUAUUAUGAUACAAUGAUAGAAAUGUUUUUGGAGAGUGGUGAUUUUGAACCUGCAUUCGUUCUAUUCGAAGAAAUGGCACGAAAGAAAAUACCUCGAUCUGAAAAUACCUAUCUUCCACUAAUUUCACAUUUUAGCAAACUCUCUGAUCACAAAGCCGUAACCAAAUUUUAUGAUUCAAUGGUACGGGAAGGUAUAAAGCCCAAUGAAGAGAUUUUAGGACACGCCAUUACAAGUCUCAUGUACACUAAAAGUAAGGAAGAGGCUCUAAAGAUCGUCCAACAUGCAGAUAGUGAGAACAAGAUAACCUCCACCAAUUGCGCUUUAUUCAUACGAGCGUAUGGAUAUCUUGGAGAGCUCGAGAAGGCAGAGAAUGUAUUUAACAAGUUUAAAGAUACCAAAGAAUUGAGAGUCUAUAAUGAAAUGCUUUACACCUAUGUUUGGUUGUUAUGUGUGGAAGAUGCCAUCACUCUCUAUUUAAACUUUCCAAUGAGAGGAGACAUUUUUACCCAUGAAACCUUAAUCGAGGGCUUGGGCAUGGUUCGAGAAUAUGAUGCUAUUUUGGAAAUUCACAAAAUUAUGCUACAACUUGACAUUGUUCCUUCGUACAAGUAUUAUGAGCAAUUGGUGACCAUACUCACGAAAGAACCUCCAAGCGAAAAUGUCAAACAAUUCCUCCACAAUCUUCCCUCUGAAAUGGCACGCUUUAAAAUUGAAAACUUUGAACAAUUACUAUUGAAUAUUCUCUUCUAA